UUGAAGACUCAUCGCGAUUUGAGACAUGCGCUGGCGCUACGACCACCAUACUAAUGUCAAACUUGGCGUGGAGCAACCCGUGGUAUAUAUACUCUGAUGUACUUCCAAACUGCAUAGUCAUCCAACUCAUCAAUCCAGCAAUGGCCGCUAAGAUCAUCAUCAUCUCCUGCCUCAUGGCUCUGGCCCGCGCCAGCGCGCCGGUAGCGGCCCCCCUGGUUGCGGCCCCCGUGGCGGCCCGGCUUGAGGAAUUCGACCCCCUCCCUCAAUACAACUUCGGGUACAACGUCGCUGACACCCUGACAGGAGACUACAAGAGCCAGAACGAGCAGCGCAACGGGGACUUGGUUCAGGGUUCCUACUCGCUGGUCGAGCCUGACGGCACCAGACGCGUCGUGGACUAUUCUGCUGACUCAGUCAAUGGAUUCAACGCGGUCGUCCGCAAAGAACCUUUGGUUGCUGCUGCGCCUGUGGUUGCGGAGCCCGUGGUUGCUAGAUACGCCGCUGCGCCUGUUGCCCCCGUGGCCCCAGUAGCCGCCCCCCUCAGAUACUCCGCGGCGUACACAGCCCCAGUGGCGUACUCCUACCCCGCUCAAUACGCGGCCUAUACCGCGCCUGUAGCAUACUCCGCCCCUGUUGCCAGAUUCUCGGCGCCCAUCGUGGUAGCCCCCGUGGCCAAGGUCGAGGAGUACGACCCCCACCCCCAGUACACGUUCUCGUACGAUGUCCAAGACGGUCUGACUGGCGACUCCAAAGCCCAGCACGAGACCCGCGAUGGUGACGUUGUCCAGGGCGCCUACUCCGUGGUCGACCCCGACGGCACCAAGCGUACCGUGGAGUACACCGCCGACCCCCACAACGGCUUCAACGCCGUCGUCCACAGGGAGCCCCUAGCCGUCAAGGCCGUAGCCCCCGUCGUUGCUAAGGUCGCCGCCCCCGUCGCCUACGCCGCACCAGUUGCGAAGGUCCUGCCAUCUUACGCCUACACCGCCUCUCCCGUUGUCCACGCGGCUCCAGUCGCCAAGAUCGCCUCACCAGCCAUCGCUUACUCUUCCUAUUACCAUUAAAAUUUAAAUAAUGCCAAGUAGAA